AUGUUGGGAGGGACCGGUCUCAGUGGGCGCGGCGCUAUGCCCGCCCUCGCCCGCCAGCGGUUGAUUGCUUCUUCGCGCUCCAGUCGAUCGAUGUCCUCGUUCCGUCCGCAAGCCUCCAGAAACGCUCUUCGCUAUGCGCAAACCAGCCGACCUAUGGCGGGCACUCCUUCGCUGCGGUCUGCAUCUGCCAUCCCUGCCAUCUCCACUGCUCGAUUCAACUCGACCGCGGCCACUCCAGUAGCAGACGCUGCCACCGCAGCAGAAACUGCCACUUUACCCGGCGUCGAAGCACUGGAAAUUGCUUCGAUUCCGGAAAAGAUUGGCUACCUGAAAGAGCUGGGGCUGGAUUAUGGCUGGGGAUUCAGCGCGACGAUCGAAUGGUUCAUCGAGCAUAUUCACAUCUGGGGUGGAGUUCCUUGGUGGGCGAGUAUCGUCUGCACCGGAUUGUUGGUCCGGCUGGCCAUGCUGAAGCCCACACUGGCUGCUGCCAAUACCGGGACAAAGCUCAACAAUGUCAAGCACAUCACCACCCCUCUCCGGGCGAAGAUGAUGGCCGCCCAGGCGGCAUCAGACUCACUCGCGAUGCAAAAGGCUCGGGCUGAGUUGGAGGAUCUGCACAAGAAACACGGCAUCGUCGCUUGGAAGGCAAUGAUUCCCAUGCUCCAGAUUCCAUUCGGUUUCGGAUGCUAUCGUGUCAUCAAGGGUAUGACCUCUUUGCCGGUACCAGCUCUGAGCGUCGAGACUGCUGGCUGGCUUCAGGAUAUCACGGUUGCCGACCCCUACUUCAUUUUGCCCGCCAUCAGCUCAUUGUGCAUGUACUGGUCCUUCAAGAAAGGAGGAGAGUCUGGAGCCAACGAAAUGAUGAACAGCGAGUUUGGAAAGAUGGUGCGCAUCGGUCUGCCUAGCAUCUCUUUCGUGGUCAUGUCCUUUUUCCCGGCGGCAUUGCAGUUGUACUUCGUCAGUACCGGUGUCUUUGGCGCGGGCCAGGCUUGGCUGCUCUCCAAACCCGGUUUCCGCAGAUGGGCUAAUGUCGCGGUUUCCGAAACCCCCCAACUCGCUCCUGGUGAGGUGGCCAAGAACCCCAUUCGCUUGCUCACUGAGGCUAUCGAGGCGGAGAGGGCCACCAGACUGGCAGCUGCUCCUCCUGCUCCUCCUGCUCCUGUACAGAAGAUCAGCUUCAUUGAUCGCGCGAUCGAAAACUUUAAGGAGUCUAAGCAGAAACUCGCAGCGGAGACAACCAACAAGAUCGACGAGUUCCGCGGCAAUGUGCCCAAGAAGAACGAAGAUGGGACAUUGGCGGAUCCCCCUAGACUGAGCGAGAAGGACCGCAAGACGGCAGAGGACUACGAGAAGCGGAGGAGGGAAGAGGAGGAGUGGAAGCGCGAGGAACGCAAUCACGCCCGUCGGCAGGCUCACAUGAAGUUCCUGGAGCAACAGCGCGAGAAGGCUCGUUCGACUGUGACUUCGAGCCAGGGCAAGCUCCGCCAGAAGUGAUGACUGGACAUGAUUAGCUGGAGUGGGUUGGGAGUUGUAUUUAUCUGUACAUUAUGGGUGCCGUUUCCUCUUCUUUUUUUUACCCUCUACAUCUUUGUGUGUUCUAGGCAUAUGUGCUUCCACCCCUUAUAAAGAAUGCAUUGGAG